UUCUUCAGCUUUCCCUUUCUCUUCCAUUAUUGGCCCCAUCAUCAUAUAUAUAUAUAAAUUAAAUCAAGCUCCCUUUUUCAUUUUAUUUUAUUUUAUUUUUUUAAUUUAUAAGAAAAUUAGAAUGGAUGGAGGGUUGUUGUUGGGUGCAGAUACAGUUGGCCAUCAUCCUGCAGUCCUGUGCAGUCAUAACGACGACGACGACGAUGUUUUCCGCUCGCCGGAGGGACUCGCCGUCGACCUGCCGCCGGGAUUCCGAUUCCAUCCGACGGACGAGGAGAUCGUCAUGCAGUAUCUGCUCAGGAAGGUUCUAGAUAGAACCUUCUCUGCUGCUGCCAUUGGACAAGCUGAUCUUAAUAAAUCCGAACCCUGGGAUUUACCAAAGAAGGCGAAAAUGGGCGAGAAAGAGUGGUUCUUCUUUUGCCAAAGGGACCGGAAAUACCCGACGGGGAUGAGAACAAAUAGGGCAACCGAGUCGGGGUAUUGGAAAGCGACCGGUAAGGACAAGGAGAUCUACAAGGCCGGGAGUCGGAACAACCUCGUUGGCAUGAAAAAGACCCUAGUUUUUUACAAAGGGAGAGCCCCAAAAGGCGAGAAAACCAAUUGGGUUAUGCACGAGUAUAGACUCGAGGGCAACUUCUCCGACUACACCAUCUCUAGGGCAGCUAAGGAUGAAUGGGUUGUUUGUCGAGUGUUCAACAAGAACAACGGGAUUCGAAGAAUCCCAAGCGCCCGUAUGGAGCUUGCAAGAAUCGAUUCACUUGUGGAGCAUCUCUUGGCGGAGAGUCCUUGUGGUAAUACUUCUUCGCUUCCACCAUUGUUAGACUACACGAACAAUGCUUGUCCGAGCGAGCCUCAUCAAACCCUAAACAAUUCCCAUUUCGCCCUCCCGAAUUCGCUACUUUCGCGCCAAGCCCCAUCCUCAUCCUACCAUCACGACGGAUUCAUGAUUGGAUCGACAUUCCCCCCGGGCUAUGAGGGGAACACAAAUUUAGGGUUUCCUUACAAAGGAGUUGAUGAUCGAGCGAAUCCUAGGUUUCUGGCGCCAAAAAUCGAGCGCUAUUCUUGUAAUGACUCGGUUAUUAGUCAAUCUCAAGAGACGGGGCUCAGCAACGAGAUUACAUCUGUUGGGGACGUCGAGAGCGACAAGAAGGGUGGCUUCGAUCAAGAACUCGAGGGCCUCGGAUUCGGGGAUUUCGACUCCUUGUGGAACUAUUGAUCGAUCGUGUAAAAUUUAUAUACUUUGAGAUGUACAUAUUGAUUAGGACUAAUUUGUUAGGGCUGAUUUGAUUCAUAUUUUUUAGGAAAUUUGUUAGCUUAGUUUGGUUUUAAUUUGACAUGAUCCCUUUCGUGGUAAUUUGCUUAGAAUGUAGGAACUUAUGUUGAUGUGUAUUUCUAACAUUCUUGGUUGUAAAUGUAUGUCUCGAUUUCUUUA